AUGACUUGGGGCAUGUGGUGGAUCUCAACGGUGACCCAACUCAACUCCCUUGACGGUCCAGAGUCAAAGAGUCAGAACGUCCAUCUGAGCUUUCCAGAGUUACUUGGAGACAAGUACCACGACGAGAAUGCCAUCGACAGCUCUCUGCUCUGGACUGUUGGGUACACCCCCUACAUUCCCCCAGCUCUGAAAGGAAGAAGCUUCCCCUCUGUCAAGAGCUUCUUCCUGGAUGAGUGGGAGCCACUGACACUCCUGCAGACUCCUCAGGUUCUGUCCACCAGUGUUUCCAUCGAGGAAGACAACCUGAUCCAGUCUGCUGCAGGCCUAGUGUCUCAGGUUCUGUCCACCAUGUUGCCAGGACUGAUCCAGUCUGCUGCAGGCCUAGUGUCUCAGGUUCUGUCCACCAGUGUUGCCAUCGUGGAGAAUGACCUGAUCCAGUCUGCUGCAGGACUAGUGUCUCUGGUUCUGUCCACCAGUGUUGCCAUCGUGGAGAAUGACCUGAUCCAGUCUGCUGCAGGCCUAGUGUCUCUGGUUCUGUCCACCAGUGUUGCCAUCGUGGAGAAUGACCUGAUCCAGUCUGCUGCAGGCCUAGUGUCUCAGGUUCUGUCCACCAGUGUUACCAUCGUGGAAAAUGACCUGAUCCAGUCUGCUGCAGGCCUAGUGUCUCAGGUUCUGUCCACCAGUGUUUCCAUCGAGGAAGACAACCUGAUCCAGUCUGCUGCAGGCCAAGUGUCUCAGGUUCGGUCCACCAGUGUUUCCAUCGAGGAAGACGACCUGAUCCAGUCUGCUGCAGGACUAGUGUCUCUGGUUCUGUCCACCAGUGUUGCCAUCGUGGAGAAUGACCUGAUCCAGUUUGCUGCAGGCCUAGUGUCUCAGGUUCUGUCCACCAGUGUUUCCAUCGAGGAAGACGACCUGAUCCAGUCUGCUGCAGGCCUAGUGUCUCAGGUUCUGUCCACCAGUGUUGUCAUUGUGGAGAAUGACCUGAUCCAGUCUGCUGCAGGCCUAGUGUCUCAGGUUCUGUCCACCAGUGUUGUCAUCGUGGAGAAUGACCUGAUCCAGUCUGCUGCAGGCCUAGUGUCUCAGGUUCUGUCCACCAGUGUUGUCAUUGUGGAGAAUGACCUGAUCCAGUCUGCUGCAGGCCUAGUGUCUCAGGUUCUGUCCAGCAGUGAUGCAAGAGUGAAGGAUCAUGAUGAUUCCACACUGAGAGACUCCAACCAACCUGAGGUCCAUGUGGGUGAUGUCUCAACCAAGAGAAGUAGACUAGUCAUCACUAUUUCUAUGUUUUCAUCCGAGAGCGGCAAUGCUUCGGUCCAUGAAGUUGAUGCUAUUGUUACCAGCCUGGAGCACCCGGCUGAGGAAAUGUCUACCUCUACCACUGAUGGCCACAUUGUUUCAUCUACUGUAGCCAAUCCGAAGGAAACAAGGGGUGGAUUCGUCUCAUCUCUACGGACACUGUUCACAAGAAAGAACAGGAUGCCUGCUAAAGUGGCUUCCAAGAAGGAGCACAUUCACUUGGUUGACCGCCUCAAUGCUGAAGUCACACACUGA